AUGAAGCUUUGUGUAGUAUUGUGUUUAGUUUUAGUUGAAAUUUAUAGCAGUAUAUCACUUAAGAUACCUGAAGAAACUCAACAUGCUACAUGUAAUGUUUUUACUAAAGAUAUUGAGGCUUCUGCUAAAGCAACUGUUACAAGAAAGUUAAAAGGUGUAUGUUCCUCAAGUAAUAAUAUAAAUGUAGGCUUUGUAAGGAUAUAUACUAUGUACUUUUUAGGUGAUCUUAAAAAAUAUUUUACUCAGUUACAACAAAAUAUUCUUUUUGAACUUGAAGCUAUCAAAUCGGCUUUGGGAAUAGUGCAAUCACAUAAAUAUAAAAAGCUGGAAUUUUCAAAAAAAUCUUUUACAAGUAAUGAGGAGGCUGCAAAUGAUUUUGUAGAGUAUUUAGAUGAUUUGGAUGAUGGACAGCAUACAGUAACCCAUAAUAAAAAUGAGAAGAUUCUUAAAAAACUGAAUGAAGAAAUGUCAAUGUAUAAUGACACAAUAGUUGAAAGUACUGAAGGGGAUUUGUACUUUUAUUAUUGGAAAAUAACAGAAAUUAAUAAGCUUUUAAAGAAAACAGAUAUUUAUGUCAGCAGUCCAAACUUUUCAGUUUUAGGACAUAUAGUAAAAAUUAAUUUUUACCCCAACUACCUGAACACGUACAUUGGAAUAGUUUUGAAACCAGAAAGUAACUCCUUUUUAAAGAAGCACAAAAUUAUUUUUCUCGGACAAACAUAUACAGAAAACCAAAUAUCAUCAAACAUAUUGUACAGCAUGGGAAAUGACAACAUUUUCACAAUAGAACAUGCAAUGUUGGACCAGAAUUUUAUAGAAUUCAUUAUAUUUUAA